AUGGCCGGUGAGAAGGCUCAGCUGGUAGAAGCUUCGGCUGCCAACCCAAGCUUGACCCCAAAGACCCACAUGGAGGAAGGAGAGACACCCACAGGUCGUCCUCAGACCUUCACAUUCAUGACAUGGCAUGGACGCCCCCCCAUAAGAUACUCGUCUCAGCCUUCCCUCCAGGUCCAGCACUUGGGUCAGGUGACCACAGGAGGGAAGGUGAUCCUACAGUGUCAGAAGCCACACAAUUCAACACAAUAUGAAAUGUUUGCUCUGCUAAAGGAGGGAGCUUCAUCCCCCGUACAGCUUCUGACUUCAGAAAAUGACACUGUGGAAUUCACCCUUCGGGACGUGACAGCCCACGAUGCAGGAAGGGCCAACUCUUCCAAACGCAAAUGGAGGGUCUGCUCUGCUGUGCUGCACAGCGAGGUGCAGGACCUGCUUUCCCAAGCCCUGCAGCUGUUAAGGGGAGGUCUGCUCCCUAGCCUGCCACAUCGGAUAAAGAACUCCAGGCCUCCACAGCUGAGGAAGCCUGUGGAGUGGCUUAUGUACGCAGUAGGACGCCAGAGCUGGCUCUGUGUUGGGCAAACAGACAUUCCUGGCAACGGGCCCCCUCUCAAGCCCAGCCUCAGUGCCUGGCCCAGCUCAGUGCUUCCCACCAAGAGCACUGUGACAAUGCGAUGUAAGAGCCCCGCCCCAAGUGAAUACUUCAUCCUCAAGAAGGAAGGUUUUUUUUUCGAUGUGGGCAAGCCGCACGAUUUGACGGAGGGUGUGGCUGACUUUAACAUCACCGAGCUGCAACAGAGUUACGGAGGGCGCUACACCUGUGAAACCUACAGCGCAGGGCCCAAUGGCACAAAGACACCGCCCAGUGACCCCCUUCUCCUAUUGGUCACAGGGUACUUGCCUAAACCUUCCCUCCAAGCCCACCAGUGGGGCAGCGUGACUGCAGGAAGCAAGGUGACAUUGCAAUGCCUGAGGACAGGCAGCGGGCUCGAACCGAUAAGGUUUGCGUUGCUGAAGGAGGGACACUCAUCCCCUUUGCAGACGAGCAGCUCAACAGGAACGGUGCUAGACUUCUCUCUUCCCAACGUGACCGCCAGAGACUCGGGGAAAUACAGCUGUGUGUACUUCCAGGCAAAGCCUCCCUACCGGGCCUCAGCCCCCAGCGACCCCCUUGAGAUCUCUGUGACAGGUAAGGGGUUGCCCUCUGUGGCCAGUAUGAUCACCUUCUCCCUUUCAAACCCACCAGAUGCCGUGACAGAAGGCUACACACCUCCAGAUGCCGUGACAGAAGGCUACAGCACGGGUAACCUCAUCCGCUUUGGAGUGGCUGCUAUAAUUGUGCUGAUAAUGGCAGUCUUCCUGGUUGACGCCUGGCAUAGCCAAAGGCUGUCUCCAAAUAGACCCUGGUAA